UAGUUUAAUAGAAAGAGGGGGAAUAAUUAUGAGAUUCUAUAAACCAACGCAUAAAAAUCUCAUAAAUGCCACAUUGGUCAUUUUGUAUAAAUACUAGACUAUCCAGCUCAACUUUUUCACAAUCAGUUUCACCACCAUGAGAGCCAUCAUUGUGAUAUUAGCUUUGGUGGCUUUGAGCGUCGCUCAAACUCCCCGCCAGAUUGACAUUAAUGAUGGGCGGUAUUACCCGGAUAACUCCGGGGCCUAUAACGGAGCGGAUGAUGGGUCCUACCACCCCGACGACAGUGGUGCCUAUCGACCCGACGACUCCGGGGCUUACCGUGGCACUUACGAUAAAUACGUCCACCAAGCUGAUCAAUUUGGGGGCAGUGGAGGCAGUGGAGGCAGCGGUGGCGCAUUCAUAGGCGGUUCGAGACGUGGAGGUACUUUUGUAGUUUCGGUACAACCCGCCAAAUCUGCGGCUGUUUAUACCGGAACUAGAACUGCCUCCAUUGGCACUGGUAGUGCGAUUAUCACCGGAACGAGAACUGGAUCCGCCGGUGGUGCCGUUAUCACCGGAACCAGAUCCGGUGUUGUUGGUAGUGGUGUUUCCGGAGGUGCCGUUUAUAGAGGCUCUGUCGCCGCCCCAGUACAAAGUUCCGCCGCCGGCUAUUACGACAACAGACAUUAUGCCAUCCUCCGCAAAGAAGAACAAAUCGAACCUGAUGGUUACCACUAUUUGUAUGAAACUGAAAAUAAGAUUUUGGGUGAAGAGCAAGGAAAAUUAGCCAAUGUGGGUACUCAAAAUGAAGCAAUGCAAGCCAAUGGUUACUUUGAGUACACCGGACCCGAUAAUKUGGUUUAUCGUGUSGAUUAUACUGCCAAUGAAAAUGGUUUUGUUCCCAGUGCUGCCCAUUUGCCGACUCCUCCACCAAUUCCGGAAGCUAUUUUACGAUCACUUGAAUAUCAACGUUCCAUUGGAGAGUUGUAAUUUGUAUUUUGUGAAUAUUACGUUUUUGACUCUUAUACUAUGUAUAUAACUUUAGUAUUAAUAAAGACUUUGUUGAAGAAUUAA